CGGGCCGCGCAGGAGGACGAGCCGCUGCUGCGGGAAAACCCCCGCCGCUUCGUCAUCUUCCCCAUCCAGUACCACGACAUCUGGCAGAUGUACAAGAAGGCCGAAGCGUCCUUCUGGACGGCGGAGGAGGUGGACCUUUCCAAGGAUAUCCAGCACUGGGAGUCUCUGAAGCCCGAGGAGAAAUACUUCAUUUCUCACGUCCUCGCCUUCUUUGCUGCCAGCGACGGCAUCGUCAAUGAAAACCUGGUGGAGCGAUUCAGUCAAGAAGUACAAAUCACAGAAGCUCGUUGUUUCUAUGGCUUCCAGAUUGCCAUGGAAAACAUACAUUCUGAAAUGUACAGUCUUCUCAUCGACACCUACAUUAAAGAUUCUAAAGAGAGGGAAUUUCUUUUUAAUGCCAUUGAAACAUUACCAUGUGUUAAAAAGAAGGCUGACUGGGCAAUGCGCUGGAUUGGGGACAAGAAAGCAACAUAUGGAGAACGUGUAGUAGCUUUUGCAGCAGUGGAAGGAAUCUUCUUUUCUGGUUCCUUUGCAUCAAUUUUCUGGCUGAAGAAAAGAGGAUUAAUGCCUGGGCUCACUUUUUCUAACGAACUCAUCAGUAGAGAUGAGGGCUUGCACUGUGACUUUGCCUGCCUCAUGUUCAAGCACUUGAUACACAAACCGUCAGAGGGGAGAGUAAAGGAAAUUAUCAUGAAUGCUGUUAUCAUAGAGCAGGAAUUCUUGACGGAGGCACUGCCUGUGAAGCUGAUUGGCAUGAACUGCACUUUAAUGAAACAGUACAUAGAGUUUGUAGCAGACCGGCUCAUGUUGGAACUGGGAUUUAACAAGAUAUACAGAGCGGAGAAUCCUUUUGACUUCAUGGAAAACAUCUCUCUGGAAGGCAAGACCAAUUUCUUUGAGAAGCGAGUAGGUGAAUAUCAGAGGAUGGGAGUCAUGUCCAAGCCCACAGACAACUCUUUCACCCUGGAUGCAGAAUUUUAAAUUAAGACACCUAUGAGUUAAUGUGUGUGCUCCUCUGUUUGCAGGGAAACAUUGACUAUAUUGAGUCACAGUGUGACUUGAUUCCUGAACUGAAAUCCCACUCUUGAGAAAUGUGGUGGUAUUGGUACUUCUCAGGAGGUUAGUGUAGCUCCAGCAUUAAAUUCCCUUCUUAUUAGACUUUGCCAAUGGUGUUAAUUUGUAGAAUGCUUAGAUGUCUCUUACAACAUAUGUUACUCAAUUUUAUGAAAGAUACAGGCACCUUCAUCUGCAAGAUGGG